GGCUACAAAAGCCGGCAAAGCAGGCCUGGCCUCUCAGGUGUGAGGGUUCCUCUCUGCACAGCCCACACCAUGCUGGUGACACUGCUUCUCCCCUUCCUGUGCCUCCUGAGCCCGGCCACUGCUGGGAAGCUGCUGGUGAUCCCCAUGGAGGGCAGCCACUGGCUCAGCAUGAAAAAAGUGCUGGUGGAGCUGAGCAAGAGAGGGCACGAAAUCGUGGUCGUCGCACCGGACAACAAAAUCCUGAUCGAUUCCGCAGAUGUCUAUGAACUGAAAACCUACCCUGUGCCAUUCACGAAGGAGGACAUGGAAGAACACAUACACUCUGCUAGUGCAAGAGCUUUCAGCCAAGAACCUUUCUUGGUGAGAUUCUGGAAGCUUUUGGGAGAUUAUCGGAAGAGCGGGACUAUGUUUCAUGCUUCCUGCAAGUCCUUGCUGUACAACCACGAGCUGAUGAAGUACAUCGGAGACAGUCACUUCGAUGCCCUACUCACGGAUCCCGUGUCACCUUGUGGGCAGAUCAUUGCCCUGCACUUCUCCCUCCCCAGUGUUUUCUUUCUGCGGCUGGUCCCGUGUGCCUUAGAUGUUCACGCAGCUCAGGGCCCGGACCCGCCGUCCUAUGUCCCACGCAUGUUCUCGAAAACACGGACCACAUGA